ACCAGUAUUUUGUCAGAAACUGCAUUCUUACUAUGCUGCCCAAUGACACCAUGUGCAAUGUCUCAUGCCGUGCCAUGGGCUUGGAAAUGGUUCCAUUGCCACUCCCCGUUCACACAAUGAAACUGGAUCUUUCCCGCAAUCACAUCUCAAAGCUCAAGGUGACAGACUUCAGGAAUGUAUCAUAUCUCAGAGCACUUAAUGUGUCAUACAACAACAUAUCGAAGGUUAAUGAUGGCACUUUCCAAGAGCUUGUUCAUCUGCAAGAACUCUACAUGUACAGAAAUAAGCUAAAACAUGUGACAAGAGGGUUUUUACACGGACUAGUCAGCCUCACUGUACUGCGACUGGAUCUAAAUGAAAUUGUGGACAUUGACCAAUCAGCUUUCCAUUUUCUUUACAAUUUGACUCAUGUAAAUCUGGCAUCAAAUCAACUCACGACUCUCGAGUCAGUGAAGAUCAUAUUGCACUUACCAAAUUUAUUUGAGUUCAACGUUGAAAACAACAAAAUCAUACAUUUUGUGUCUCAUAACCUUUCAACUUCACCUUUGCAAUUACGGAGACUCAAUUUAUUUUCAAAUCCGCUAAAGACAUUUCAGAUAACAAACAACAUUCUUCCAUACCUUGGGUAUCUGGAUAUCUCUAAUUGUAGCUAUAACGGGUCUUUCCAAUGGAUUGUGGAGGAUUCAUCUUUUCUUGGCUCAGUGGAGACGCUUAAUGUGAGUGGACUGCAAACAUCAGAGGAUUUGACAGUUAAAAUCAUACAAACCUUCAAUUCAUCUUUGAAAACUCUCGAAAUCAGGAACUUAAACACACAAAAAGUCCAAUACUUUUUAGAAAGAACCUGCAGCCAUCUACAAACUCUUCGAUUAGAACAACCAAAUAUCCCUGUUUUAAGCGACAACUUUUUUAAACCAUGCCACCAAUUACGAACAAUGCAAUUUAGAGACACCACAACAUGUAAAAUGUCUGCACUUGCGUUUGAAGGACUGAAUCACCUCAUGACACUGAAAGUAAGAAAUACAAAUAUUACUGAACUCAACAAUAUUACUCAUGUUCUCCCCUCCAUAUCGAUGCUCGACUUUUCCAACAACAAUAUAGAAUUGAUCACAUGUUCUGAUUUCAGCAAUUUAAAACUUUUGAAAACGCUAUACCUCUACCACAAUAAAAUUUACAAGAUUAGUCAGUGCACUUUCCAGAAUCUUCCAAACUUGCAGGAGCUAAAACUUGGUUCAAACAAGUUGUUAGAUGUGGGAAAGAUGUUUAAUGCUUAUCUCCCAAACCUGAGGUAUUUGCACUUGCAAACCAAUAAGAUUAGUCAACUUGAUGAAGGGAGUUUCAGUGGACUGCCUGCUCUUGAACAUCUGUACAUUUUUGAUAAUCAGAUAAACAGAAUAUCAAAACAUGCUUUUGAGGGAUUACACAGUUUAAAAGAACUGGACCUUAACGCAAACCACCUUAAACAAAAUACAUUGACUAAUCCAGACAUAUUCAAAGGUUUGCCAAACCUGGAAGUGCUGAAUUUGAAUGACAAUGUCAUUGCAUUUGACAGGCAAAAGCUUAAAGCUCCACCUUUUACGGAGUUAAAGUCCCUGAAAGUUCUGCUUUUUAAUAGCCAGAGGCAAGGCAUAAAUAACUUACCUUGCAACCUGCUAAUGGGACUGAAUUCUUUGAUUGAAUUUCAUGGAUCAAACCUCAACAUUCAAUAUGUGCACCCAAACACUUUCAAAUACACUCCCAAACUUCAGUACCUGUACCUAAACCAGAACAUAUUUACAAAACCUUUAUCUCCUAUGAUAUUUCAUCCAGUUUCUGCACUGUCUGAGCUCCAUAUAGCACACAGCCUACUUCCAUCGUUGAAUUUUGUAAUUGAUGCAAAACUUUCUCAACUCAGAAAUCUGCAGGUCAUGAACAAUCAGAUACAGGGAAUGAAUCAGACUAUAAUCCAGUCCCUUCCUAAUCUAGAGUACAUUGACCUUCGGCACAACCCUUUUGUUUGUGACUGUAGCAAUGAAUGGUUACUUCAUUGGGCCAAUCAAUCAAAACAUACUCAGGUAGUAUACUUUAAUAAAUAUUAUUGUAUGUAUCCUUCAACCUUCCAAGGUCUCCUGGAAGACCUGAAGACUGACUCCUGCACCCAGAAUUUAGAGUUCGUUUACUUUGCAGGAAGCUUCUCCCUGGUGAUUGUGACACUCUUGGUGUCUUUCAUUUACAACUUCAUGCGAUUUCAGCUAGUCUAUGCUUACUACCUUUUCCUAGCCUAUCUCUAUGACAGCAUGGGGCAGCGGAAACAGAAGCAACAUGGUUUCCUGUAUGAUGCCUUCAUCUCCUACAACUCUCAGGAUGAGCGCUGGGUGCAUAGGGAACUACUGCCCAAUCUGGAGACCGAACAAGGGUGGAGACUCUGCCUGCACCACCGGGACUUUGAGCCAGGCAAGCCCAUCAUUGACAACAUUGUGGAAGGCAUCUACAGCAGCAGAAAGACUAUCUGUGUGGUGACACGAGACUACUUGGGGAGCGAGUGGUGCUCCAGGGAGAUUCAGGUGGCCAGCUUCCGGCUGUUUGACGAGAAGAAAGAUGUACUCAUCCUGGUCUUCCUGGAAGACAUCCCAGCACAACACCUAUCCCCAUACCACAGAAUGCGAAAGUUGGUUAAGAAGCAAACCUAUCUGUGCUGGCCCAAACCUGGGGAGGACAAGAGUGUCUUCUGGCAGAAACUACGAAUGGCUCUCAGCACCAACAAAGAAGACAACCCCAUUCUUUUAGGAGGGCAAUAGGCUUCCAUGGGACUUCCAUGGGUGUGGAGUGUGCUGGGGAAAUUACCAUUUUGAAAGAUGCAGGGGUUCAUUGGAUGAUAAUUUGCAUUUGGGAAAGCAAAUUCUUUAAAAGAGUUCAAACACUUUGUAUCAGCUGGGUAAUCUGAAAUGAAAUAGCAUUGCAUAAAAUCAGUAUUGUAAAUUCAACUCGUUUGGCUUCAAUCAAGAAACUACAAACCAUUUAUAGCGGGAGGUUAACAUAAAGUGUUAUCGAAACUAUGCUCUAAAU